AAGCAAAGCGCGAGAGUUCUUAGCUGUGCGCUUUGUAGCGGAUUUGAGCGCUGCCCGAGUCGGCCCCGAGCUGGAAGCUAGCAUGGGGCAGACGGUGGGCACAGAGUCCGGCCUUGACAAUGUCAUCAAGCGAGCUGAAAGCCGCGUGGGGAAGUUCACCAUCAGCGGGCGGUACCACCGGAAGCCCAGGAAGAUGGAGGAUGACUAUAUCAUCCUCAAGAAAAACGUGUUGGGAUCCGGCUACAACGGGAAGGUCUAUGAAGCCAGGGGAAGAACUGGCGGCGGUACGUAUGCCGUGAAGGGCUUUAAGCUCGUAGGGGUGCCAAAAGAGAAGAAGGAGGAGCUAGAGGCCGAGUGCGAGAUAUUUCUGGGCAUGGACCAUCCUCACGUGGCGAGGUUGGUCGAUGUCUAUGAGUCAGAGGAGCAGCUGGCCCUCGUCAUGGAGUGCAUGUCUGGCGGUGAGCUCUUUGCACGAGUGCAGAAGCUAAAGCGCUUCACAGAGCAAGCUGCUGCGGAUGCGGCCUAUCAGAUGCUGCUGGCAUUGAACUACAUCCACAGCAUCGGCGUUGUGCACCGCGAUAUCAAGCUAGAGAACUUUUUGUAUGAGAAGCAGGAUAGCAAUUUCCUGAAGCUCAUCGACUUUGGCUUCAGCAAGAUCUGGAAACCCAAUACCACCAUGAGACUAAGCUGCGGCACUCUUGCCUAUGUCGCCCCGGAGGUCCUGGACCAGAACUACACUUCACAGUGUGACAUGUGGAGUUUGGGCGUGACCAUUUUCAUCCUGCUCUUUGGGUACAUGCCCUUCAGCGGGAACGAGGACAAACAGAUUUCCGACAUCAAACAUGGCAAGUACACGGUGAAACCGGCGAAAUGGGACGGCGUGUCCAGCGUCGCCAAAGACUUUGUGAAGCAGCUGCUGGUGGUGAAGCCCGGCGUGAGGCUUACCGCAGAAGAUGCGUUGAAGCAUGCCUUCAUCGCGAAGCGGGAAAACCUCAAGACUGAUGUCAAUCCUGACAUCGUCUCCGCGCUGGUGGACUUCGGCAACGCCUCCUCCUUUCGGCGGGCCUGCAUGUCGAUGAUGGCCUGGUCGCUGACUGCCGAUGAGAGGGCCAAGGUCAGGGAGGCUUUCAUCGAAAUGGACUUGGACAAGACCGGGGCAAUCAAGCUCGGCGAGUUCAAGAAGGUUCUGAUGGACAAGUGCCACAUUCGUGGAGACGAGGCAACGAAGAUUUUCCAGGCCCUCGACACCACUCACACAGACGAGAUCCACUACUCGGAGUUUCUGGC